GAUGUAUAUAAAAUGACUUAUAUUUAAAACUAAACGGCAUUUACUACAACGCGCUUAAAUGAAUAGUAUUGUGUGAUAUAACGUAAAACACAUAAUUUGAUUAUUGAUCGAGAGAAUGGUCAUAGUAAGGGCGAUCAAUAAGGACGCCAGUACAGGUGUAGUCAGAAGAAAUGGCAGGUGUUCUACUUCGAAGUUUACAUAAUUUGGAAAGUUCGGCAAAUGAACCUACUGCCAAGUGGACUGUUCCUUUGAGCGAUGGGAAUCAUGUAGUAGAAUUUGAACAUGGUACAGCAACAGGCCGACGUAUAGUAAAAGUCGAUGGCGAACAAAUAGUUCACAGAGAUUGGAUGUUUCGUCUGGUUGGUGACGAAGUCUUUAUGUUCAAUAACACCAAGUUCGUGAUUAGAGUUGAUCCAAUGCCAGGUCUGAAAUAUGCUUACUCGUUGUGGGUGAACGGAAAGAGUUACAAGCAAUUUGUUCAAUCACAAACAAAGAUAUUAGAGACUUGGUUAGCUAAAGUUGGGAACGAAGAAUAUAGAAUUGUGUUAGAUAAACAAGCUCAUAGUGUUUGGGUAAAUGGACAAGAGGUGGAAGUUGAGAACGAAUUUAUGGAUGGUGGUGCAGAGAUUCUUUUCUCCGUUGGAGAUUUACAAGCCGCGAUUAGAUCAUACAGUUCAGAACAAAAAGAGAUUGGUAUAGCAUACAGUUUAUACAUUGAUAAUGUUGAAAUACAGCAAGAAGUUCUAUUGGAAGAAUUAUCCUAAUUAAAGUGUAUUUCAAUCUAUUUGUAACUCGAAUUUUAUAUUUAACAUUAAUU